ACAUCUAUGAUCUUUAUGCUGAGUAUGAACGUGAGGAGGUGGAGGAUCGAUUGCCGGUUUCUCCGUCCCGCCUGCUAAUGUCUCCGACCAAACACUUCACCCUCAACAUCAACGUUGGAGGAACGAGGUACCAUCUGCCCUACAGGCUGGCUGCCAGGUAUCCAAAGACCCGGAUUGGUCGGUUGGCCACGUACACGGACCACAACCGGAAGCUGGACCUGUGUGACGACUAUGUUGUCCAUAGCAAAGAGUUCUUCUUCGACCGGGACCCUCAAGUCUUUCACAACAUCUUUAACUUCUACAUGACUGGAGUGUUGUGGAUUAAAGACGAGCUGUGUCCUCGUAGCUUCCUGGAGGAGAUCAACUAUUGGGGCGUCCGAAUCAAAAACAGCCACCGCUGCUGCCGAAUCUCCUUCGAGGAGAGGCAGGACGAGCUGAACGAACAGCUGAAGAUCCAGCAGCAGCUGCUGGCAGAAGUUAGUGUGGAGAUGGAGGAGAAUGAAAAACUAUUUCACGGCAUGGUCCUCGGGUCGAUCCGCAGGAGGAUCUGGAACCUGAUGGAGAAGCCGUUCUCCUCCAUCACCGCCAAGCUGACGGCCGUCGCCUCCUCCUUGUUCGUGCUGUUAUCUCUGGUCGUCAUGACGCUCAACACCGUGGAUGAGAUGCAGUACAAGACGCCGUCCGGUGAGCUCACCGGCCGAUUCUACGGCGAGUGCAUGGAGACGUUCUGCAUCACCUUCUUCACCCUGGAGUACCUGCUGCGUCUGGCCUCCACCCCCGACAUCAAGUGUUUCGGACGCAGCGUCUUGAACACGGUCGACCUGGUCGCCAUCCUGCCGCACUACCUGCAGAUCGUCCUGGAGUGCUUCGAGGACGAGGACAUUCGGCCGCACUCUGGAGACAUCGAGACUGUAGCUCGGGUUGGAAAGGUGGGACAGGUUCUGAGAAUCAUGCGUCUGAUGAGAAUAUUUAGGAUUUUGAAGCUGGCUCGUCACUCGACAGGCCUCAGAGCGUUCGGCUUCACACUCAGACAAUGCUACCAGCAGGUGGGCUGUUUGCUGCUCUUCAUCUGCAUGGGGAUCUUCAUGUUUUCAGCCAUGGUCUACACCGUGGAGCACGACGUUUACAACACCAACUUCACCUCCAUGCCGCAUGCUUGGUGGUGGGCCGCUGUGAGUAUUUCCACGGUGGGCUACGGCGACAUGUUCCCAGAGACCAAUCUCGGUCGCGUCUUCGCCUUCAUCUGCAUCUCUUUUGGCAUCAUCCUCAACGGCAUGCCCAUCUCGGUCCUCUACAACAAGUUCUCCGACUAUUACACCAAGCUCAAGGCCCAUGAGUACACCACCGUCACCAAGGCCCGUGGGAAGGUUCGCUUCACCCAGAGGGCGGCAAAGAAGUUUGCAAAGUACUGCGAUCGCCCCGUUCACCCGAAACCGUGGUGAGGUGUUCAGGUUGGAGAGCUGCAAGGCUACGCUAAGACGUCAAAUCUUGAGACGCAUGUUGGUGAUAUCACUGAUUCCUAAUGGCAGAUACUGCAAACUUUACCUGGAACUGCCAGUUUAUGAAGUACAGCGAGACGUAAAAGUGAGAUUUACCUUAAAGCCAGAAGGUGGAACACAUUUCCGACGUCGGAUAGGAGGUGUCUGUGUUCUCGUUCUGUGGAACUUUCCAAAACUGAAAAUCUGGCAUCGACUUUUCAUCGUGAUCGUCCAACUAUGCAGAGGGAAAAAGAAGCUCAUCUUGUUCUACCUCUGCUUUCACUAAAUAGGUGUGCUACUUGCCACGUCUCCACAGAGGAUCAAUCAGAAAUCAUUCCCUUUCAUCCAAAGUUUUCGGAACAUCCACAAACUUUGGAUUCCAGUGGUAGCGUAGUCGGAAAGCAUGUCUGUCUUUUGAUCUAGUUUUGAGGGAUCAAUCCUCAAAUCUAACAGAACUGGAAGUAAAUAUGAGGUUCUGUACAGUUACAGCUUUACCCUUCACAUUUGUACCAGACAUGUCUGGACUGUAUGACGGUUGUUCGAAAAGUUUCCAGACUUUGCACGGUGCUACAUGUGCGAGUUGUACCAGACGAACACCAGGACUUGUUUCGCAUAUAUUUUUGGUAGGUUUGCGUCUGCGAAUUCUUCAUGGAGCUCAAACUGGAGCAGAUCAGAAAAGCUCUAAUUCUGUGUCUGGAAGCAGCGGGAUUGUUUAACCUUCAUGUCAUUAGUACUGAUGAGGGGUGGGUCUGCAGCUACCAUCAGAAGAAACAGCAGCUGAAGCUUCCAAAAGUUUUCAACAUUCACGUGGUUGUGGACCAGGAACUAAUCUUCCAGAGUCGGACUGUCAACCCUGAGUUGUUCGAAAGACAAAACGAAGUGCAGAAAACCUGAGCUGUGAUGAAAUGGUCAAUGUUUUCAGUCCGCCCAGCUCUCCAGGAGUUCCUUUCUGUCAUUUCUUUCUCUUCCUUAAUAUAGAAUUCAGAUCAAAGGACGUUUUAAGAGACUUUGCGUAUGGUGCUUGACAUAUUAAACUUUGGGUUACCAAACCUACA